UUUCGUGGAUAAAUUAUUUUUUAUACAUCUAUAGAUGAUAAUUUGUAUUGAUAAUUUUAAUCUUAAUGUAGUCUCUUCUUUUAAAUUUGAUAAUUUAAUUGGAUCAUUGUAAUUCGUAAGUUUUUUAUAUAUACAUAUAAGAUGAUGUGUUAUGGAAAAUUUAUAUAUUUUACACGCUCGGAAACUUUAUUGUGCACAAGAAAUUGUUUAUUAAAUUUUUAUCAAAAUGCAUCAAAAAGUGUAUUAAAAUAUAUAAAAGAAACAAUUCUUCCAUCAAAACCAAAGAAACCAAUAUCUCCUUUUCUUUUAUAUGUAAAAGAUAUUAAAUUCAAAAUCAAACAAGAAGAAUCUAAUAUAAAAUAUUCAGAAAUAUUAAAAAAAGCAUCCAAGGGAUGGGCAGAAUUAAAUCCUGUUGAAAAGGAAAAUUUUACAAAACAAUACGUAAAAAACUAUGAAAUAUAUACAAAGGAAUUAAAGGAAUAUAAUAAUUCUCUUACUAAUGAACAAAAGCAAUUAUGGGAGAAAAAAAAAAAAGAAUAUGAAGAAUCUAAUAAAGAAAUUAAUAAUAAACAGAAAUAUAAAAUACUUGGUAAACCAAAAAAACCACCAAAUACGUAUUUAUUAUAUUUAUCAUCUAAAAAAAAUGAAAAAGAUCCAAAUAUAUCUUUCAAGGAUUGGUUAAAAUCAAUGUCAAUAAAUUGGAAUAAAUUGUCAAAUAUAGAGAAGGAACCAUAUGUUAUUAAAACUAUGCAAUUACAAUCCCAAUACAAAGAAGAUUUAGAGAAAUGGGAAAUGAAAAUGAUACAUUCAGGUCAUUCUGAUAUUGUAAGACUUCAAACUUUAAUGAAAUAUAACUUUCAUAAAAAUGAACAUAGAAAUAAAUAAAAUUAAAAUAUUUAUUUGA